AAGAGUCUCUGGUGCAUCUGGAGCAACUUAACUUUAAAUAGACUGGGAAGUUCACUGCUUACGAAUAGAUUUUGUCAUUUCUCAUACAGUACACGCACAAUUCAGGUCUGCUGAAUUGACAUCUAGCCCAUCUGGAGAUCGUGUUUAUUGGCAAGUAGAGAAGUUUAGAUGUUUGCAUGUGCAACUUUGUGCAUAUGUUUGUGUUAAGGGGUUGGCUGACCACACCGGACAACCCCUUCCUGAGAAUACUGCUGUUCACAGACAGGAAGUCAAGACCAAGAUAAGGACGAUAAAGAAAUAGAGUAUUUUUCAUGAAAUUUAUUUUCCACUAGGGGAAGAGAAAUAUAGCUUUAAAGAAAACAGGAGAAGAGAAAAGCAAAAGGAGAAGAUGGACGAGCUGAGGUCGCCUGUUUGAGUGGUAAAUGGAAACACAAAGAAGCAAGUGAUUGUGUAAAAGAAACAUCAAUGAAGAAAGCAGCUGUUGCAACCAAAGACUUCAAAAUGCCUAGUGGAAUGUUUCACAGAUCCAUCUAAAUCACUAAACCAGAGAUCCCUUGUUUCAUUUCCAGCCUUUUCUCCUUACUCUUAAAUAUGCACCAUGCUGUCCCCGGCUGCUGCCACAUCGCCUACCGUCAUCCCCAAACCUACAACUCCGUCUACUUUGCUUUCCGACUGUCCUUCCUCAUCAACUUCUGUAGAACCGGUCCAAUUGGUGGACAUUUCAGUUACCCCAACUCCAGUAAAUCUCCAAAAAUCCACCUCACCUCCUCUGCCUCUUUCGCCUCCUUGCUCAAUUCGAAAACCCCCAAGUUCUAUACCACCUCAAAACUCAAAACCUUCUGUCCCUCGUCAUCAGAAAGCAAAGGCUCCUAAGCCCACAUGUCCACCUCUCCCAGUGCAGCAGCCAUCAGCAAUCCCCAAAACUGCCACUACAGCCAUGCCCAAAGCUCCUCCAAGGCCAAUCUCCAAACCAUUAUCAUCACCUCUUCAGAGACCCCCACCACCACUCACUUCAAAAACUCCUGUUGUACCAUCCCCACCUGUACCAACUCAGACAUUAGCCCACCCUAGCAUUAGCAUUUUGGAGAAGCUGAUCAAGACAUGUCCAGUGUGGCUACAACUGGGAAUGACCAAGGAAAGAGCUACUCAAAUACUCACCAAAGAGCUGCCUGGGAUCUUUUUAGUGAGGAGGGACCGUGGCCAGUCGUUGAUGGUGGUAUCAGUUCGUCUUCCAGACCAGCAUGGAGUUCCCCAGAUCCAGGACUUGCCUGUCAAUGAAGAAAAGACCAUGCUGUACCUUGAAGGCUCUGUCCUGGUUUUUGACAACAUAUUUAAACUCAUUGCAUUCUACUGUGUUAGCAGGGACAUUCUACCCUUUACCCUGAAAUUACCUCAGGCCAUCGUCAAGGCAUUUAAAUAUGAAGACAUGGAAGUGAUCUCCACACUAGGAGUAGAAUUCUGGGGUUCAGAGCUGAAUAGUCACAUACGGGAAGAUUUGAAUAAAUCUGCAGACUGCAGUGUCUCCUCUGGAAAAGACCAACUUUGGUAUAUCAACCCGAUCUUCAUUGAGGAAUACUAUAACAGUCUGCCUCCCAACUCUCCUACACCUAUCCUGAGGUCACAAAGCAUUAACAUGCCUGUUCAGGCUCCGCCAAAAUUCAAGAGGCCUCCACCUCUACCUCCACGUCCACUUACCAUUUCCGAAGAUGCACUGAUGCAAGUGUCAGCCAAGCCAGCAAGAGAGAAGUUCACGUCAGAGGACUCUUCACUUCUGUUGCUAGGUUCUCCUUCGCCUAUAGUCCAAAAAGAGGAAGGAAGUUAUUGUGGGCAUGAAAAGGCAGAGAGAACUCUAUUACCCACUGCUGAGGCAGAAAUGUGUAACAAACAAGUUGCAGAGCAACCAUCUCUAAGUGACGCAACUAAACAGGGUAGCAGCCCCAUUUCACACAAGAGUCCCCCAGUCCCACUCCGACGCCGGAUAUCAGAGAGCCAACCCACAGGAGAAAUCCAUCAGGAACCUUUAAAGGAAACUAUCUGCACAUCUGCAGCAGCAGAGAUCAGUGAGAAUCCUGGUUCUACCGUGUCUCUUAUAUGCCUUGAUGACAGUUGCAUGGACCAAUGGGUGAGCGGGCAGUCUGGACAGUUUAAAAUAGCACAAGCAGAAGAUCUUGUUGAUCAAUUGAAAAUUUCAAAUGGAGAUUCCUCUGUGAACAUGCUUCCAGCAAAUGACAUGAAGAAGCCUGGUGUACCAGUGCCACCUCCUAGGAGAAAACGAAUAUCCACGAUCACAACAACCCAAAAUGCUGCCAAUACCUCUGUAGGUGUUACCCAAGAGCUGAGCCACAUUACUCCACAGCCCGCUGCAAUGUUCCAUAACCUUGGGAUCAAUACAGACCACCCCAAAGUUUCAGAUGUGUCAUUAUUUGCCCCUGAAGGAGGUGCUCCCCAGCCUGAACAUGACUCCUACUCCACGAGCAGCACAGAAGAAGAAGCAGAUCCUAGCUCGAUGGGUGCCAUUGUAAAGAGGACACCCACUGUUAUACUAGACCGUGCUAAGCAACGGCUCUCCAUGGUGAACUUCUCCACCGUCUUCACAAGCUUCAUGAGUACUGACCGCAAGCUUCAGAAAAGGAUUGUGGAGCUUACUAGAGAUGGGAGCACAUACUUUGGUAACCUGGUACAGGACUACCGUGGUUUUACUCUGGACACUAUGAGGAGGCAUUCCUCCAGUACAGAGAUGCUCCAAGAGAUCAGACAAAUGAUGACACAGCUCAAGAGCUAUUUGAUCCAAAGCACAGAGCUACAGAACCUGCAGGAGCCAUCUAUUUAUUCUGAUGAGAAACUGGAGAUAAUCAUUGAGGCGUCACUUUAUAAAAGUGUUCUGAAGCCCUUAAGAGAGGCGAUAUAUAAUGGGCUCAGGGACAUCCACUCACGUGCAGGCACCCUAAAGAAGCUCAAGGAAAAUCAGCAGAUAUUGUUGGGCACCACAACCACAGAUUUGGGUGUAACCACCUGUGUUCCUGACUCGCCUGUCAUGGAGAAAAUCCAAGGGAAAUUAGCAAACUUGCAUCAGGAAUACUCACCACAAAAGAAAAUAGACCUGCUCCUCAAGACCUGCAAGAUCAUAUAUGAGUCCAUGUCUGUUGGCUGCCCAGGGAAGCCUCAUGGUGCAGACGACUUCCUGCCUGUACUGAUGUACGUACUGGCUCGUUGCAACAUGACUGCACUGCUGCUGGAUGUGGAAUAUAUGAUGGAACUGAUGGACCCUGCGCUACAGCUUGGAGAAGGCUCAUACUAUCUGACCACCACAUAUGGUGCUCUGGAGCAUAUCAAAAACUACGAUAAGCAAGCAGCGUCCAGGCAACUGAGUUUGGAAAUCCAGGACUCUAUCCAUCGCUGGGAGCGUCGCCGUACUCUUAAUAAGGCCCGCGCCUCACAAUCAGCCAUACAGGAUUUCAUCACUGUCUCUUUCUUGGAGGCAUGUUCUAACACCAGGACUCUGGGUGUGGAUCCCAAAACCACUGCUCGGGACUUGAGUGCCCAGUGUGCAGAGAAGUUUGAAGUGCAGGAUCCUGACGCCUACUGUCUGACUAUGCUAGUAGACGGCCACUACCGACCCCUGACUCCAGAGGAGUUACCACUUGCUAUAAAAUCCACCCUGCACUGCAGUGAGCCACGCAAAGAAUUUUAUUUUGUGUACCAGCACGGACGCUGGCCAGAUAAGGAACCUGACAAACAAAUACCGCAUACUCCUGAACCAACACCUGCCGAGGAGGGGAGUUUGAUCUGAAGUCUGAAUUACAAAAAAGAUUAUGUUUGCUCCUAUCACAGAAAAUAAAACACUCUGCAACAUCACUAUCAUCAGAUAUAAAAAGCUUAACACAAUGCAACUGAUUAAGUGGAAUUUUAUUGUAGUUCCAUCUUGGCACCAAGUCUUCUCCAAAAUUGCACUUUGAAUUAUAGUCAGUAAGAAUUAGUGAAGUAUUUGCUUUUAAAUAACCCCAUAAUGCAAUUGAAAGCAGAAGGAAGUAUCUUUAUUCUAUACUCUAUGAAUGUACUUAAAGUUUAAGGGUUACAGCAGAAUUGCAUUUCAUAAGAAGCCUCUUUAAUAGUAUCUGUUUGAUAAACCUGUCAUUACCUUCUACUACACACAGCUGAGCAGUAUUCCUAAAAGUCAUGCACACACUCAAAAACAUUCUGGCACUGGUUUGAUGAAUUGAACAGGAAUUUUUUCAGGAGUGACUAAAAUUUUCCAGUGACUUUUUUGAGUCACCAUGACAACGUUUACUAUACAUAGAUACUGACAAAAACCCUUUCCUCACUCUAAUAGGGUAACAUUUUGGGUCUAUAUUUCCGAAGUUAUUUAGAAAUCGAUUAAGGCUCAGGGGGCAUGGUGGCUUAGUGGUUAGCAUGUUCGCCUCACAUCUCCAGGGUUGGGGGUUCGAUUCCCACCUCCACCUUGUGUGUGUGGAGUUUGCAUGUUCUCCCCGUGCCUCGGGGGUUUCCUCCGGGUACUCCGGUUUCCUCCCCCGGUCCAAAGACAUGCAUGGUAGGUUGGCAUCUCUGGAAAAAUUGUCCGUAGUGUGUGUUUGCGUGAGUGAAUGAGAGUGUGUGUGUGUGUGUGUGUGUGUGUGUGUGUCCUGCGAUGGGUUGGCACUCCGUCCAGGGUGUAUCCUGCCUUGAUGCCUGAUGACACCUGAGAUAGGCACAGGCUCCCCGUGACCCGAGGUAGUUCGGAUAAGCGGUAGAAAAUGAGUGAGUGAGAGAGAUUAAGGCUCAUAGAUUAAAUAGUUACGAUUUUUCUUUUUUAUUGAAAUGCCAAUGUUUAUAUUAUAGGCAAAGCAAGGCAUGGCAAGACAAGUCAAGUUUAUUUAUAUAGCACAUUUCAUACACAAUGGUAAUUCAAAGUGCUUUACAUAAAAGAAAGUAAAAUAAUCAUAAAACAAUACUGUAAUUACAACAUUUAAAACAAUUAAACAGAGGAAAGGAUUAUACUGUACAUAGUGCAAUCAGUUUGGACGUAGCACAGUGUUCAUUCAGAAAAUGCACAGCUAAAAAGAUGAGUUUUGAGUCUAGAUUUAAAUGUGGCUAAUGUUUUAGCACAUCUAAUGUUUUAGCACAUGUCAGAUUAUAGCUGACAAACCAGCAUUUUUUUAAUCUGUAUUUUACAUAUUCUGUUUAUUUGCCUGUCAACUUUACCUGGGUCUUAAAUUUUGCUGUUGCCACAUUGUAUUGGUUUCACUUAAUAUAAUGUCUGCUCCUUAAUUCAGACGUUCUGGAUAAUAUUUCCAGUUAUAAACAGUGAGCACAUGAAUAAUGUUUGUAUGUAUGACUCGAAUCGCUUAAACAUUUUUAUAUAUGACUCAGGGGUGAUUAGGUGCAUUUCCAAUAUGUGAUGUAAUUCAAUUGAAAUAUAUAACAAUUUAAAUCCAGCCACAGCAAGCAGGGUUUUUUUUUAUUUGUACACCAAUAAAGUAUCCUAUCAUCA